AUGAAUAAAUCCGUUAGUGAUGCACCAAAUAAAGAAGAAGAAACUUAUCAACUUCUUGAACAACUCGAUCAUAUACUAAAACGUCCUGAAACAUAUAUCGGUUCAAACCGACCAUGUCGUGAAGAAAUGUGGGUUGUGGACGAAUCAGGUAUAGAAGGUCCAAAAAUUGUUAAAAAAGAAAUAACUUAUGUUCCUGGUCUCUACAAAAUUUUCGAUGAAAUUCUCGUUAAUGCUGCCGAUAAUAAACAACGUGACAAAACAAUGUCAUCAAUUGAAGUUGAUAUUAAUCAAGAGAAAGGUGAAAUAAAAAUUUGUAAUGAUGGUCAUGGUAUUCCUGUUCGUAAAUGGGCUCAAGAUGAAUCAAUUUAUAUUCCAACAUUAAUAUUCGGCAAACUUCUUACAUCAGAUAAUUUUAAUGAUAAUCAAAAACGAGUUACUGGUGGUCGAAAUGGUUACGGUGCCAAAGUAACAAAUAUUUUUAGUAAAAAAUUUACUAUUGAAACAUGUUCAAAAGAAUUUAAAAAACUAUUUAAACAAACUUGGACAAAUAAUAUGCGUGAUCCACAAGAUGCAAUAAUAACCAAAGCUGAAAACUCCAAAGAAUUUACUCGUAUUACAUUUAUACCAGAUUUAAAACGUUUUCAAAUGGAUAAACUAGAUGAUGAUCAUAUUGCUUUAUUUAAACGUCGUGCUUAUGAUGUUGCUGUAUCAACUGGUUGUAAAGUAACACUUAAUGGUACACGUAUACCAGUUAAAACAAUGAAAGAUUAUAUGUUAAUGUAUAUUGAUACUGAUGAAAAAGAAGUUGUAUAUAAAAAAGUGAAUGAUCGUUGGGAAAUAGGUCUUGCUAAAAAUGAUCAUACAAAUGGUUUUACACAAGUUAGUUUUGUUAAUUCAAUUUUAACAUCUGAAGGUGGUAAACAUGUUGAUUAUAUAACCGAACAAAUAUGUCCUAAACUUGCUGAACAUAUAAAAAAGAAAAGUAAAGCUGCUGGUGAAAAUUUAAAACCAAUGCAAGUUAAAAGUCAUAUAUUUCUUUUUCUUAAUUGUUUAAUUGAAAAUCCUGAAUUUGAAUCUCAAGCUAAAAAACAAUUAGCAACAGAAAGAAAAAAUUUUGGUUCAACAUGUUUAUUAAAAAAUGAUGGAAAUUUUAUUAAAGAUAUUAUUAAAAAAACUGGUAUUGUUGAAUCAGUUAUUAAUUGGCUUGAACAUCGACAAGAUGCUAAAUUACAUAAACAAAGUGGUUCGAAAACAUCUAAAUUAAAAGGUAUACCAAAAUUAGAUGAUGCUAAUGAUGCUGGUACAAAAAAUUCUAUUAAUUGUACUUUAAUUGUAACUGAAGGAGAUUCAGCUAAAGCACUUGCUGUUGCUGGUCUUGGUGUUAUUGGUCGUGAUCGUUAUGGUGUUUAUCCAUUAAAAGGUAAACUUUUAAAUGUUCGUGAGGCAACAACAAAAAAAAUGACUGAAAAUAGUGAAAUAUCACAAUUAGUAAAAAUUCUUGGUUUAAAUUAUGGUGAAAAAUAUGUUGAUAAAAGUGAUUUAUCGAAAUUACGUUAUGGAAAAUUAAUGAUUAUGGCUGAUCAAGAUCAAGAUGGUAGUCAUAUUAAAGGUCUUGUCAUUAAUUUUAUACAUUAUAAAUGGCCGAAUUUACUUAAACAUGAUUAUAUUGAAGUUUUUAUUACGCCAAUUCUUAAAGUAUCAAAGGGUUCUGAAGUACUAUCAUUUUAUUCGAUGCCUGAAUUCGAACAAUGGCAAACAUCAACACCAAAUUGGCAAAAAUGGAAAUGCAAAUACUAUAAAGGUUUGGGUACAUCGACAGCUAAAGAAGCGAAAGAAUAUUUUUCUAAUAUGGAACGUCAUCGUAUUAUAUUUAAAUAUCAAUCAAUUAAAGAUGAUCUUGCUAUACAAUUGGCAUUUAAUAGUGCAUUAAGUGAUGAUCGUAAAGAUUGGAUUAAAUGGCAUACAGAAGAUAUUAAUCAACGACGUGAACAAAAGUUACCUAUGGAUUAUUUAUAUCGCAAAGAUACAAAACAAAUCAAUUUUAAUGAUUUUGUUAAUAAAGAACUUGUUCUAUUUUCAAAAUCAAGUACAGAACGUGCCAUUCCAAAUAUAAUGGAUGGUCUUAAACCUGGUCAACGUAAAAUAAUGUUUGUUUGUUUUACAAAAAAUUUAAUACGUGAAAUAAAAGUAGCACAAUUAGGUGGUAAAGUUGCUGAAAAUUCUGCUUAUCAUCAUGGUGAACAAUCGUUAACCAAUACAAUCGUUGGUCUAGCACAAAAUUUUGUUGGUUCAAAUAAUAUUAAUUUUCUUGUACCAGCUGGUCAAUUUGGUACACGUUUACAUGGUGGUAAUGAUGCAGCUUCAGCCCGUUAUAUUUUUACUCGUCUUAGUCCACUUGCUUUGUCAUUAUUUAAUAAAAAUGAUGAACCAUUAUUAACAUAUUUAAAUGAAGAUGGAAUGAGCAUUGAACCUGAAUGGUAUUGUCCAAUAAUUCCAACUGUUCUUGUUAAUGGUGGACAUGGUGUUGGUACUGGUUAUUCAACUGAUAUACCAUCAUAUAAUCCGUUAACACUAAGUAAUAAUAUGAAAUAUUAUAUUCGACAAGAACGUGAACGACAACAUCAAUUAAAUAAUCCAACAAGUGAACCAAAAAAAUAUUCCGAUGUUAUUACAUUAGUAGAAUUAAUACCAUGGUUUAAAAAUUUUACUGGUGAAAUUAAAUUAUUAGAUAAUGAUCGUACACGUGGUGUUAUUAAUGGUGUUUGUGCUAAACUUGAUGAAUCAACAAUUGAAAUAACCGAUUUACCCGUUGGUACAUGGACACAACAAUAUAAAGAAAAUGUUCUUGAAACUAUGCUUCAUCCGAAAAAGAAUGAUAUUGCACCAAGUAUUCUUGAUUAUAAAGAAUAUCAUACGGAUACAACUGUUCGUUUCGUUGUAAAAUUAAGUCAUGAACAGUUUGCUAAAUUUAAUGAAGCUGGUCUUCAUAAAAGUUUUCGUUUACAAGAUACGUUUAAAUUAACAAAUAUGGUACUUUUUGAUCAUAAUGGUAUUUUACGUCGUUAUAAAACAGCUGAAGAAAUUUCUGAAGAAUUUUUUAUGGUUCGUCUUCAAAUGUAUGUUAAACGAAAAGAAUAUAUGGUUGGUACAUUAAAAUCACAAUGCGAAAAAUUAGAUAAUAUAGCGAGAUUUAUUAAAGAAAAAAUUGAAAAUGCUAUUAGUGUUGAAAAUAAAAAAAUUAGUGCUGUUAUUGAUAUGCUUGUCGAACGUAAAUAUGCUCGAGAUCCGGAAAAGGUUUGGCGUGAAGAAGCUAAAAAAAAAUUUGCUGUUGAACUUGCUACACAUGCUGUUCAUGAAGAUACAGAUCAAUUAGCUGAUUUACAACAAAAACAAGACGAUGAAGAAGAUGAAGCAAUCGAUGAUGGGGAUAAUAAUAAAAAGAAAAAACCUAAAACAACAACAUCUAAUCAAGUUGAUACAACUUAUUAUGAUUAUUUAAUAAAUAUGUCAUUACGUAAUUUAACAAAAGAACGUCGAGAUGAAAUUGUUAAAGACCAAAAAGAAAAACAUGAUAAACUUGAUGCUUUAGAAAAGAAAUCUCCUGAAGAUUUAUAUGAAGAUGAUAUUUUUAAUUUUGAAACUGAAUAUCGAAAAGUACUUGAAAAAGAACGCGCUGAUGAGAUGUCUGAAGUUGCACAUCCUACAACAAAGAAAGCAGGUGGUGAUAAUAAAGCUCGUAAACGACAAACAACAAAACCACAACGUGCUGAAACUAGACCAGCUCCACAUGGUAAACGUAUAACGCCAGUUAUCGAUCCAGCAUUAGUUAAAAAAGUCAACGAAGAAAUCCUUAAACGUACUAAAGAAGAAAAGACUGUUGAAGAUAAAAAAUCAAUUAUCGAAUAUCUUGUUAAAGAAGGCGUUACAUCUGAAGAAAUAACGAAUAUUAUGCAAAUGCGUUGCAGAGAAAAGAAGAAAAUUGGUGGUGUUACAGAAAAAAAAUCCACUGAAACAAAAGACAAAAAAUUAAAUGGUACAAUCGAUGAAAACGAUGAAAAUAGCAAUGUAUCAAUGAUGUCAGUUGAUGGUAAUGAUAAUUCAGGUUUAGUUAAAGAAGAAGUAACACCAAAACGUAAUGCACAACGUACAGCAAAAGAAAAAGUUACACAAUAUGGUGGAGAUAAUGACAAUGAAGAUGAUGAUAGUAUUAUACAUGAAAUGGAAAUUGAUGAUAAUGAAUCAGAUUAUAUGGGUAGUGAUUCAGAAACUGAAAAGAAAAUUAAAAAAGGUAGUACCAAACCAAAACAACCACGAAAACCUAAAUCAGCUACUGCUAAUAAUGCAACAUCGCCAACUAAAAAGAAAACAGCCGCUAAAAGAAGUGCAUCAGUUGUUCUUAUGGAUAAUCAACAAGAUGAUGGUGAAUCAUCAGCAAAGAAUAAAAAAACAGAAAAACCGAAAAAACCUCGAGUUAAAAAAGAACCUGGUGCAACACCCAAGAAAGACACUGUUAAAAAAGAAGCAAAAAAAGUCGUUAAACGACCUAAAUCAGAUGAUAGCGAUGAAGAUGAUAUUCCGAUCUUAUCGAAUACAUCAACUCCGACUAAAAAACCUCGUACACAACGUACUGCUGCUGCUAAAAAAAGUUAUCAUAUUUCAGACGAUGAUGAUGAUGAUGAAGAUUAUGUUUAA